GUAUUUGUUCCCAGACAUCCUCCUCCUCCUCCCCAUCCUCCUCAUCCUCACAGGUUACAGUGAACAUCCUCGUGAACACAGAGGAGCUGCUCUUCAUUCUCGGUCUGUUUUCCCUUCUGACUGACACUGCGGUGUUGGACCACCAGCAGCAGGCCGGAGGGAGAAGAAGAUGAAGAAACACCGAUAUGUGGACGCGAACAGACUCCGGAAGAUGAAAAAAGUCCGAUUAACGGAGAGGCUGUCUGAAAGGUAACAGACGGGCUGGCCGAGCUGCUGCUGCUGCUGCUCGUCUUUGUGUGAGAUACAGCCGCCGUCAUCCUGCUCACCUGUGUCCGUGUGUGUCCGUGUGUGUCCGUGUGUGUGUCUGCAUGUUUACUCCAUCCCCGUCUCCUGGACCCCGGGGUGGCGCAGGAACAGGCCCGGUACCAGGAGUGUUUACAGACGGAGCAGAAUCAGUGAAUGUGGGCCUGCUGUGAGUUCUCCGGCUGUUUCCCCCCCCUCCCCGUUCAUCAUCACACCAUGUUCCCUUUUUCAUGAAACACACACACCAACAUGUCAGACAUUCAUGAACACACACCAACAUGAUAUUCGUCUGAGAGUCAGAGGAGCUUUUGAAAAUAUCUGAGUCCAGACCAGAGAGAGUGAAGGAGAAAUACACGGAAAUAUUUCACUAUCAUCACAUGAUCAUCCUGACUAAACUCAGGGACUCCUAUUGUGGUGAAAUCUCCAAAUAAGAGGGUUCGGUUUGGUUCAUAACAAACACAUGAACCAUGGCUGUGAGGGUCCUUCAGGGUUCUUCAGCUCUGGUUUCUGUUCUGGUUGAUCUAAAAAAAACAAAACUCGACAUUUAUUCUCAAUAUUGUGUCUGAAACUGGAUUAAAACGGGAACAGAAACAUGUGCUGCUGAAUGCUGCCCCCCCCCCCCCACCCAGAUGAAAUAUCACCAUGGUUACCAAACAAAGAGGGGCUGAUGUGAUAGCAGCCUAUGGAUGAGCAGAACAAAGGAGCACACCACAGCCCUGCCUGUUUACGGAGCGGGGACGACUGCAGCUGCUGCUGUUGUUCUGAUCGCAGGUUUACCUCCAUUUACAGUCUUCACUUCUUAAAGGGAUAUUCUGCGUAAAAUUAAUGUAGGGUCGAACCCACCGUAACACUGAGUCAGACCCCCCCCUCCAGAGAUGAAUGUUGUCGACCGCUUUCUUCUCUAGUUAUACCAACUUUAGUAACGACCGCAGGAUAGAAAUACAGAGAGGUCUGAGGAGCCAUAAACAAACCUCAACCAAAACGCCACUCUAUAGAGAGACCUCAGGCCAGUCCAUUAUGGACUACAGCGGGGUGCCGCAGCUCAAGGAAGAACAUUUCUGAUCAUUUCUUCAUGGAAAUACAAUCAGACCGAGACGCUAAGAAGAGAAGAACUACCGCGUCUGUAAAAUGAUCAAUAUUAAAGAUACCUGGGCUGAGCAUGUCGGCCGAUAUCUGGUACCGAUCCAAUUCUACUGUUGAAUGAAUGAACUGUAUACCUCGCCCUGUGAGUGAGGGCGUCAGGCCUGACAUUAGCCUUGUUAAACAAAAACAAAUGAACACAUGAACACAGAUAUAAAUUAACUUUUUAUUUAUUGACAAAUUAUAAAUUGCACAUGAGCAUAAAGAAGUAAGAAGUAAGAAUUCCACGUAUCAAAAGAAAUAUUUAAUUAAAAGAAAAAAAGACUGGAUCGGAACUUUAUCGGUGCCACCAUCUGAUAUCAGAUCCAGUUAAUUUGUCAAUAUUGGAACCAAUAUCUGAUCCAAAUAUCGGAUCGGUGCAUCCCUAAUUAAUAUGGUGAUUAUUACUUCAAGAAAAUGAUAAAGAAAUGAUCGUAAAUGUUCUUCCUUGAGCUGCGGCACCCCGCUGUAGUCUGUAAUGGACUGGCCUGAGGUCUCUCUACAAACAAGCGUCUGCUGGAAGAGAGUAGGUGAGUUGUGUUUAGUCUCUUUGCUAAAGAAAUGAGUCAAAGUUAAAAAGAUGUUUGGUGUCUAGUACUAUGUCUGUGACCCUAUAUGUCCUGUUGAUGAAGUUAGGUGCUGUUCUGAGCAUUAUUUGUGGCUAUAGAGUGGCGUUUUGGUUGGGGGCGUGGCUCUCUGUAUUUCUAUCCUGCGGUCGUUACUAAAGUUGGUAUAACUAGAGAAGGAAGCGGUCGACAACAUUCAUCUCUGGAGGGGGCGGGGUCUAACUCGGGGUUACGGUGGGUUUGACCCUACAUUAAUUUACAGCAGAAUAUCCCUUUAAGACUUCAGCUGGAGGCUCUCUAACAGAGUCACAGAUAAGAAGACAAACAUGUGUCCCUUGUCUCCCCGCUGACCUUCCCCUGGUGUAUUGUGGGUAAUAAUCCUGCUGGUCUGUGUUGUGUUGCAGUGCCUACACCGUCCUGAAGUUCAUGAUGAUGUGGACUCUGGUGCUGCUGGCAGAUUUCCUCCUGGAGUUCAGACUGGAGUACCUGUGGCCCUGCUGGCUCUUCUUCAGCAGCGUUUACACCACCUUCCACUGCCACGGACUGGUGAGAGCUUCUACUCCGGGUUUCAUUUCUCCUGACGACGAUGACGAUGAUGAUGACGAUGAUGACGAUGGUUCCUCUCAAACGGCUGUUUUCUGUCUUUGCAGGUCAUUUGUGUCGUCUUUGUGUGCGCCGCCUUCACUCUGGACAUCUUCUGUUUAAUUUUUGUUCCUCUGCAUUGGCUCUUCUUCGUGGCGAGCACAUACGUGUUGUUUAACUACAUCUGGCACACAGGUGAGUGUGAAGGUGGUGAAGCCGUGAUGGUACUUCCUGCUUGUCUUUCAUUUCACUCGUGUUCAUUCUGUUCUGAUGUUUCUGCAGAGAAAGGCAUCUGUAUCUCCACGGCGUCCCUGUGGAUCCUUCUGGUGUACACCGAGGCUUCGCUUCGACUCAAAGAUCUGAAAUCCUCUCAUGCUAACCUCUCUCAUCUGUUCGCUGCACACUGGUACGUGGACGCUCCCUCGAGUCUUUUAGGUCUGAAGAGUGAUGGAGCUGAUCUCUGAUGGUUCGGAGCUCUUCUUCUACAGAACAGAAGAUGACCUUUGUGUGUGGUUAACGUGGCGCUCGCUCUUCUUUCACAGUAUUGGAUAUCCUGUCGUCUACCUCGGGUUUUAUGCCACCUGCUAUUUCACCAACAUCUUCAAGCUGCGAGUCCAGAAAGCGGUGCAGAGUGAGAACGACUUCCACAUGCACCUCCUGCAGCACUCGCUGCCUCCAGGCUCGCAGGUCUACCCCAAGACCGGCACAGACGGGAGCAGCAGUGAGUCUCCUGCAUGUCUUUGUCCCCCUCAGGAUGUCUCUGAUCUGAGGUGUCGGUCAGGUGGUCUGUAAGGAGGCGGUGCUCCUCUUAGAAGGCAGCAGGUCUGAUCACUUCUGUCUCCUCCACACCAUGAGGUCAGAGGAGGUUCAUGAACCUCCUCUGACCUGGAGAACUUCCUGUGUGGAGGAGAACGUGUCGGCUAAAUCAGUGGUUCUCAACCGGCGGGUCCCGACCCAAAAGUGGGUCGCGGACGUGUUCUGGAUGGGUCCGAACAGGUGGUCAAAAACGUAAAUAUUUGAUGUUUGACAUGUCUUUUAUUUUGAAGAGUAUCUUAUUUUGAAAGGUGUGUGUUAUGUCCUGGUCCUCUGUGGCCUGAUGCAGUAAAAUCUGUUUUUUUUCGUCCUUAUUUUUGAUGAUUUGAUAUUUUCUGUAACUUCAGUCGUCGUCGUCCUCAGAUCAUCUUCUCUGAAACUUUACUCCAUAAAAACGGUGAAUUUAUGUCGAAGAUUUCAGACUUUAAAGUUUUUUUUUAAAGAAUCAAAGUUUUUGAAUUUUAGAAAAGUGGGUCACGACUGAAGGAUCAUGGGAGAAUGUGGGUCAAGAGUGAGACCGGUUAAGAACCACGGGGCUGAAAGUUGAUCCAGAUUCAGGGUCAAACGCUCUCUCUCGUUUUUUCUUCUUCAGGCUCAAAGUGGAAGACCAAACCCGAGUCCACGCAGUAUCAGUGUCAGAACGGCGUUGCCGCUGCGUCCCGUGACGAGGGACACACCGUGGACUGCCUCCAGAUCCGCAGUGAGGAAAGAGCGACGGAGAAGGGGCCGCAGGAGCCCAGGUCAGCGGAGUCAAACCGGCGGCCCCCGCCAGUCAGAGCCUGUGAGUCCAGAGACCUUCAUCCCAGCGGGGCAGGAGGACCAGAGUCCUCCACGGCCUCAGAGAAUCUACCUCAAGAAGAGCAAGGAAGCAAAGCCACGCGUACGACAGCGAAAAGCUCCUCGCCAAAAACCCGCAGAGGCAGCGCCAACACGCCUUCACCUCCGGCAGGGAGGACGGAGAAGAAACAGAGAACCGGCUCCAAGACCGUCAGUCCCAACAGGGCCGGGCCGGACAAGAACCACCACGCCGAACACAUGACCAAGUACGGCCCAGGUUUACCCCCCGUGUUCACCCCCCCAGGUCCAGCAGCCCCCCAGGUUAACCCUGCGACCCUGUUCUCUUCCAGGCUGGAGCAGGAGCUGAGGAGGCUGAGAGCUGAGCUGCAGAGCAGCAGGCAGAGCGAACAGGAGCUGAGGAGUCACGUCUGUAACCUGACCAACAGUGAGAGGAGUCUGAGACCACAGCUGUCUCUGCUCAGACAGUCCAACAUGCUGCUGCAGAGCAAGUGAGUCCGGGUCCAAGAGCAGGUCCAACCAUGAGUUUCAGGGGGGUCAGACAGGAUCCUCUUCUGGUUUAUUCAGAUCCUAAAUCUGUGUUACUGGGUGGAAACAGGAUGAGACUAAAGUGCAGGAACCUUUUUUAUGGAGGAGAUCUGUGUCUCUGAUGGAACCAGGACAAAACCAGAUCCAUGAGUCCUUCAGCGGUUCCCUCAGAGUCCCUGAAGUUAGACCUUCUCCCUGAAAAACUCCUCCAUGUUUUGUCUUCAAAGGUGGUGUAGUCAGGAUCUGAGUUAGUCCCAGUUUUUAGGAGAAACCUUGAAUGUAAACUCUACCCCUCCAACCAGUUUUCCCCUCAGCUCCUCCCCUCCCUCUCUUAAGCCCCGCCCACAAGCAGACGCUCCUGCUCGCUCGUAUCGUUCCAGUUAAAUUCAGAUAUAAUGCAGAUCAAUACUUCAGAUCAUUACAAAUGGGGCCCAGUCAAGGUGAAAGUCAAAAGCAUUGGUGCUACUGUAGAUGCCAACAGACUACCAGCAAACACAAUGUUUGCAGUACUUCUACAACGAGGAUAAAGUGACAUAGUCCAGGACCCGAGGGAGGACAGUUUAGCGAUGGCGCUACAACACGCUACAGCAGGUCCGUUUGACAAGAAACACUUCUGUUACAGACACUUGUCUUACUUUGUUAAAGCGGUUUACCUGUCCAGCAGAAAGGUUACAGGGUCACCAAGAUCCCCAAGCGUCCCCCAUGGUUUAUGUUGACCCGGCUUUUUAGCUCUUGUCCGGUCUACCUCCGUUUUAAGCGCCCGUUAUUCCUCCAGAGUCUCCGGUAUUUACUUUGUUUUCUUGCUUGUGUCGGCAGUCGUGGCCAAAGGAGGAUUCAGACAAUUUUCCGAACUUUCUGGUUGGUUUCUACUGUCCGAUAUUGUAGCACGCUAACUUUGUUUGGGCUCCUGAACGACACGGGGGAGCAGCGUCUGCCUCACAACCAAUCAGGUUAGAGGAGGUGGAGAACGGCUUUGUUUACAGUCAGAAAGAGCGGACCGCUCAAAAAUGUUCAAAUGUUGACGACACAGACAUAAGAGAACACAGAGAUAUCGAUAUAUUACCAAAUAAUCAAUAACUAAUAACUAUUGACUGAUAUUAGAAGAUUCUUCUUUAACAGGUUCCUGUCUCCUCCACCUUUAACACCAGGACACAAACGUCUUCACUGAGUCCCCGCCCUCUUUCCUGACAAACACGCUCCAGUUUCUCACAGCUGAGCGUCUUCAGUCUGAUUUUCAAACUCGUGUUUUUGACGUUAACUCUUCUCUGUCCAGGAUUCUGUGUUUGACUAAAACCAAGCAGAGGGACAAACAGAGCAGCGCCAUGCUGGAGAAGAAGACCCGAGCGGAGACGGAGGCCAGACUCUCUCUGGAGAAACAGUUGGCCGAUCUUCAGGAGGAAGCAGCCAGCUCAGCACGCAGCCUGACCAACAACAGGUACAUGAGACGGAACCGAGCCGUCGGACCCCCGGGACUGUGGCCUCUCUCUCUCUGUCUCUCUCUCUGUCUCUCCCUCCGUCUCCCUCUGAACCCUGUGAUCUCUCUCCGUCUCUCCUACACCAGGCAGCAGGAACACUCUGAGACCCAAAUGUUCAGGAAAAGAGUCAAAGAUCUAGAGACAGAGUACAAACAACUGCAGCUGGACUUUCAGCUCAAAGAGAGUCGUGUGGUAGAUCUAGAGAGAGAUGUGGAGGUAUCGACUUUUCCUCUUUUUGACCCGUCUGUGAGUCUGCACUGUGGUCCAUCUGUGGUCCAUCUGUGGUCCUCCUCAGUCCCAUCAUCAUCAUCAUCAUCUCCUCUCUGUGUGGACCUCCCUGCAGAGUCAGCUGAUCCUCCAUCCCAUUUCUGAGUGGUUGGUGUGCUCUCUGUUGUCCCGUCUGCUGCUGCUGCUGUUGGUGUUGAUGGUGUUGAUGGUGUUGAUGGUGUUGAUGUUGUUGGUGUUGAUGGUGUUGAUGGUGUUGGUGUUGAUGGUGUUGAUGGUGUUGGUGUUGAUGGUGUUGAUGUUGUUGGUGUUGAUGGUGUUGAUGUUGUUGGUGUUGUUGGUGUUGGUGUUGAUGGUGUUGAUGUUGUUGGUGUUGAUGGUGUUGAUGUUGUUGGUGUUGUUGGUGUUGUUGGUGUUGGUGUUGAUGGUGUUGAUGUUGUUGGUGUUGAUGGUGUUGAUGGUGUUGAUGUUGUUGGUGUUGAUGGUGUUGAUGGUGUUGGUGUUGAUGGUGUUGAUGUUGUUGGUGUUGAUGGUGUUGAUGUUGUUGGUGUUGUUGGUGUUGAUGUUGUUGGUGUUGAUGGUGUUGAUGGUGUUGAUGGUGUUGAUGUUGUUGGUGUUGAUGGUGUUGAUGUUGUUGGUGUUGAUGGUGUUGAUGUUGUUGGUGUUGAUGUUGUUGGUGUUGUUGGUGUUGAUGUUGUUGGUGUUGAUGUUGUUGGUGUUGAUGGUGUUGAUGUUGUUGAUGUUGAUGGUGUUGAUGGUGUUGGUGUUGAUGGUGUUGUUGGUGUUGUUGGUGUUGUUGAUGUUGAUGGUGUUGAUGGUGUUGAUGGUGUUGUUGGUGUUGUUGGUGUUGUUGAUGUUGAUGGUGCUGAUGGUGUUGGUGUUAAUGGUGUUGUUGGUGUUGUUGGUGUUGUUGAUGUUGAUGGUGUUGAUGGUGUUGAUGUUGAUGGUGUUGAUGGUGUUGAUGUUGAUGGUGUUGAUGGUGUCAAUAGCUCAUGUCUGCAGAGCCGGAGAGCCCAGCAGAUCCACACCCUGAAACACGUGCCCGCCUCAUCUCGCUGCUUCUUUCUCCAAAGUUCUCGGCCUGAAUGGAGCGACGUCAUGAUGGAGUUUUAAACGUGACUCACAUCAUUUUUCAGUCAGUAAUAAAACUGUUGACCUCGACAGGCGGAUCAGAGCGGCGUCAGCAGUGAUGCGGACGUUUAACCGAUCAGUGGUGGUGAAGAAAGAGCUGAGCCGUAAGGAGAGACUCUGGAUUUACCGGUCGAUCUACGUGCCGAUCCUCACCUAUGGUCAUGAACUUUGGGUAAUGACCGAAAGAACAAGAUCGCAGAUACAAGCGGCUGAAAUGGGUUUCCUCCUCAGGGUGUCCGGGCUCAGCCUUAGAGAUAGGGUAAGGAGCUCGGACACUCGGGAGGAGCUCAGAGGAGAACCGCUGCUCCUGUGUUGAAUUAGAAAUAAAUGUCGAUGUUCGGCUCCGUUUAAAACAUUUUCCAUUUGUCCCGAUAGUCUGAAAUGAACAUCGAAUCUCGGUCCGACUGAUGCUAAUAUUAGCUUGUCAGAAGUCGUAAAUGUACGAUUUGACCUGUCGGCUCUUAGCGUUGUAGUGAAUGAGACAGAAGUGAGAUGACUAAUAACGUUCAUGAGAUCACACACGAAAAAAUACGAGAAAAACACCGAAAAUAUCAGAUUCAUCGGCUCUGCAGACGAAAUCAUCGCCGAGGAAUAAGGAGAGGAGGACAGCGAGAGGGUCGUGGUUCUGCUGGGCUCUCCGGCUCUGCAGACACCCCCUGCUCACUGGUUCUGGUGUUGGUGCUGCAUGGUGGUGGUCUGUUCCUGAUGAAGCAUGGCUGCUCAGACAGACAGCUUCAUCUCUCUCUGUGGUUCUGUCAUGGUGAGUGGACUCUGUGUGGUUCUGAGUGGACUCUGUGUGGUUCUGAGUGGUCCCGUGUGGUUCUGAGUGGACUCUGAGUGGACUCUGUGUGGUUCUGAGUGGUUCUGAGUGGUUCUGAGUGGUUCUGAGUGGUUCUGAGUGGUUCUGAGUGGUUCUGAGUGGUUCUGAGUGGUUCUGAGUGGUUCUGAGUGGUUCUGAGUGGUUCUGAAUGGACUCUGAGUGGACUCUGUGUGGUUCUGAGUGGUUCUGAGUGGUUCUGAGUGGACCCUGUGUGGUUCUGAGUGGUUCUGAGUGGUUCUGAGUGGACCCUGUGUGGUUCUGAGUGGACUCUGUGUGGUUCUGUGUGGUUCUGAGUGGACUCUGAGUGGUUCUGAGUGGUUCUGAGUGGACUCUGAGUGGUUCUGUGUGGUUCUGAGUGGACUCUGUGUGAUUUUGAGUGGACUCUGUGUGGUUCUGAGUGGUUCUGAGUGGACUCUGAGUGGACUCUGUGUGGUUUUGAGUGGACUCUGUGUGGUUCUGAGUGGACUCUGUGUGGUUCUGUGUGGUUGUGAGUGGACUCUGAGUGGUUUUGAGUGGACCCUGUGUGGUUCUGAGUAGACUCUGUGUGGUUCUGUGUGGUUGUGAGUGGACUCUGUGUGGUUCUGAGUGGACUCUGUGUGGUUCUGAGUGGUUCUGUGUGGUUGUGAGUGGACUCUGAGUGGUUUUGAGUGGACCCUGUGUGGUUCUGAGUGGACUCUGAGUGGACUCUGUGUGAUUUUGAGUGGACUCUGUGUGGUUCUGUGUGGUUGUGAGUGGACUCUAAGUGGUUCUGUGUGGUUCUGUCUGGUGCUUUGGUCCCUCUAAUGUCUUUCUAAAGUUCUAGAACCGUCUGUGUCUCAGUAUUUCAGACCUGUGAUUCUUGUGUCCCUGUCUCACCUGGACCCAGGCUUUGGGUCGGUACCGCUGUGUGGAGAAGGAGACGGACCUGCUGCUGUCCACUCUGUCGGCCAUGCAGGAGAAAGCUCAACAUCUGGAGUUCAACCUGAGCGCUGAGACCCGCAUCAAGCUGGACCUGUUCUCGGCUCUGGGAGACGCCCGCAGGCAGCUGGAGAUCGCUCAAGGUUCCUCUGUUCUUCUUCUUCUUCUCUUGUCCUUCCUGAGAGUUCAGCAGGUCCAGGUCCUCUUCAGGUCCUGGCUGAAAACAGGUCCUGAGCGUCUGCCUGGAAGGACCAGUAUAGAGGUCCAUGUCCAGAGGUCCAGCCCCCCCCUCUGAAGUUUUUUCCCAUAAUUCCUUUAGUGUUGUUCAACAGAUUCAUGAUGUUUUCCAAACAUCCUGGUUUGUAAUUUUGACUGUAUAGAUGUUCAAACCGGAGAGUAGAUCAGGGUCUGUGUCGAGUUCCUGCUUCAAACAUUGGUCCUCUAGCACCACCAUGUGUCUGCAGGGCGUCAUCACAGACUCUGAUGUUAGAAUCCUUCCAGACCCCGACUGAAGACUAGUUCUAGUUCCACACAGAAGGUUAGACUCUGAGCUGGGGGGGGGGGGUUCAGGUUUCAGGAGACCGACGGUAGAACGAUGUGAUAAAUGAAUGACCCAGAAUAUAAAUGUUUCUCCCCCCUGGUUGUGAUGUUGACAUGUAGUUACUGUCAGACUGGUUUGUGCUCAAGUCCUCUUUUUUCUGUACAGCUCCAUUUUUAAAAGUUAUUAGGGGGUUCAUGUUUUCUAUGAUUGACACCUGAUACAGCCUAUGGGAGGACAGAGAUUGAGUAGAUCACCGGGGGAUACGCUGUUUGAGCCGAGCGUCAUCACAGAGACUCUCCUGCUGAAUGAGUAAAUACAGUCUGUGGUGGUGACGCUCUGGAGGAUGUAGAACAUUCUGGAAUAUCACUGAACAUUCCGUAACAUCAAAGACAUUCUAAAAGAUCAAUAAGAUUCCGGAAUGUUUCAGAAAAUUUUGGACUUUUGGAAACAUACUGGUCCAGGGGGUUCAUGUUUUCUAUGAUUGACACCUGAUACAGCCUAUGGGAGGACAGAGAUUGAGUAGAUCACCGGGGGAUACGCUGUUUGAGCCGAGCGUCAUCACAGAGACUCUCGGCGAGAACUUUUCAUCUUCAAAUCCUUAAACCGUAGUUUAUACAGUCUAUGGUCCUGAGUCCUGUGGUCUUCACUCCUUCAUGUUCUUCUUCUGUUUGUCCUGCAGAUAAAGUUCUGAAGCAGGACCGGGAGAUCCAGGAGAUGAAGCAGAAGAUAGCCGAGGUCAUGGCCGUCAGUCCCGGCGUGUCCUACGCGGCUCCUCGACCUCCGGUGCCGCAGUAUCUCACAAAGUUACUCAACUCUGAGCGCUACAUGCUGAACCCUCGAGCGCUGAUGUACCAGUGCCUGAAGAAAUGAUCCGGUGAUCCUCAGACCCGGGUCCUGGCAGAACCUCAUCACCACCACAGGAAUGACACCAAGAGCCACCGAAAGGAACCAGCCGGAUCCUCCAGAAGUGCGAUGAGGCCCUCGGCGGCUCUGAUGGUGCUAACUUGACGUUGUGAUUUCCAUUUGCUGAUUCCUGAUGGUCCACACGAUCGGCGGGUCACUUCUCCUUCAGAUGAAGAGUUCUGCUGUCGGUCCAGUUUUUAGGAGACAGACGGGUUCUGAUCCGAGGAAAGCACAACUUUAGAUUAGUCCUGCGGGGUUCAGCAACAAGUCUGUCGAUCCUUUUUCUCCAAGAACAUCAGCGCCUCUGUUCGUUUCAGUGUUUCACUGAAGGGAACCUUUAGGUCCAGAGACGACAGCCCAGAACCUCCCAGAAACUAGACUGGUCCUUAGUUUUCUUAAAACCCGACAGAAACCUUUGAGGGAAUCGGUUUGAAACACAAACGGGUCCAAAACGAAGAAAAACGAAACCUUUCAUCUAAGGGGAAACUCGCUCCUGUGACCCAGAUCUGGACCUAUGUCUGCGGUGGUUCUGUCCGGUUCUUGGUGGGAGGGGCCUCUGGUGAUUCUGGAUUGGUCAGGACUGGUUGUAGCAGCAAAGAUGUUAAAAUGUUCUUGUUCACGUUUCUAAAACACAAACUGAACGAGCCCCGGAUUUCAGUCGGACCCGUGAGACCUCUCAACUGGAUCCAGACGGGUUUGUAAAGCAGCAGGCGGUGAGGGGACGGCGUGGGAGGGGCUUGAUCGUUGGGCGAUGGCAUCCUGACAUCUGGCAGCUCUCCGGUGUGGGGGGUCACAGAAACCAUGUUGGGGGUCCGCGUUAUAAAUACUGUGCCUAUAAACUGUCAAACUGGACGAUGUUCAUGUGAAGAGUCAUGUGUUUGAAGUGCUAUCUAUGUACUGUUUUUCUAGGUUUUUCUCACCUUGUACAGAAUUGAAGAUGAAAACAAAAACAGGAAGUGGAUUUUGGUAGUUUUUUCUGUAAAGCGUGUUUUUAGGCUGUUUUCUAUCCAAACUCUUUUUUAGUCGUCUUGUACUUUUAUUAAACGGCGGCCAUUUUGUACGGCUCUGUGUUUGUCGGCAUGAAACGUGUUUUAUCGGACCAUCAUCGGAGCACAUGUCGUGACUUUCAGUAUGUUUGUGAAAAUCGACUUGGACAAGGGCUACAGUUUCUACAUUUGUCAGACAGAGAUGCUCUGAUGAUGAUUGUUGUUAUUCCUGCUCCUGAUGGUUUUUUUCUAUAAAGAAUUUCAACAACUUCAUUUUGUCUGCUGUCUGUUCGUUCACUCACAGAUUUAUUGAAAACACGAACAAACGUGCGGGGUUAGUUUUUUCUUUCCCGCCUUUUUUAAGCCCCGCUUUGGUUGAGGUUUGUAGCCAUAAACAAACCUCAACCAAAACGCCACAA